UCCGCAGUUUCUCUCCAUCGGCUUUUGCCUCCCACGUAGUUUUGAUUCAACCAGCUUCUCCGACGGUGUAGUCGUUCGAACUUGGAUAGCAGUUUCGCACGAUGCAACCCCGGGCUUCGCUUAGGAGCAAUAAGCGCCAGUGACGGUGAAAGCCCCAUUGCUCGUGCCAGAACAGUUCGCCGUCAAGUGUUGCAGCCUAGCCUUUGUACCCUUUUCUCUUGUGGCUUCUUCUGUGUCAAAUCGACGGAUACAUGUCUAAAAUAUUACAUCUUUAGAUUCAAUUCGUGUUUCUUCAUUGGUUUUGUGCUCGUGCCUCUUCACCUUUAGCUGGUUAUCUGAAUUUUUAUGAGAUGGUAAAUUGUGCUAGUCAUAGAGGCAGAAAUUGAUUUCUAUGGCGGUGUUAACGUGGGGGUUAAUCUUGAUUAUUUAGUUCUGCCUCUAAGGACAUCCGCUAUAACUCGAUCUUCAUUCCAUUGUAUUUAUUUGCUGGUAUUGUUAUUGUUUUGCUUAGAUUGGCGAUCGCUACGAAAAUGGUUUUGCUUGGUUAUGUUGGAUGGCAAUGAUUAGACAAUUAUCCGCGCUUCUGAGAGGAAUCGAUGAAGCAAAUGGAAAACUAUGGUUGAAUUUCUUAAUAUGAGCCGAAGUCUGUUGUCAAUUGUUGAGUUCAAUGUUUUCAAUCUGGGUUUUUAGUUAGAAUUUUGUAGGCUAGGUGUUUUUAUUGGCUGUGAUGAGAAUUAAAACAGCUUCAACGCCAGUUCUGCUUCUGAUAUUCUGUGAUCGAGAAAGCUGAAUUCUUUCUGAGCCAUUGAUAAUCUAGCUUCUAAUCUCAAAAUCACUUGCGCUGAAAUAAUGGUUUUUUUUGGAAAAGUGGUUCAUAGUAAAAUGAAUUUGUUUAUAUUUAACGGAUCAAGUUACUUUUUUUUUCAAGUUCUACUUUGUCAAAGAUUAUUUAUGGAAAAGUUGUACAUAGUAAAUUGAAUUUGUUUAUUUAGCGGAUCAAGUUACUUUUUUUCAAGUUCUAAUUUGUCAAAGAUGAUGAGUUCUAGCAUCUAAUGAUGAUCCAACCUACUCUUUUGAGAUGUAGUGGAGCCAAGCCCCUGUUCGCAGGGAGAACCUACUUGGUGUAAGCUACACUCCAGUGAUAUUGAUGGGUUUUUCUGAGGUUGUUCCUUCCCUUCUUCAUUUUUGUUUAAAAGUCUUUUUAUUCAAAUUUGUGUUGUGUUGUUUCUGUGUACCUGUCCUUGUUUCUAAAUUGUUUUUCUUCGUUUGCUUGUGUUGUUUCGAGUUUAACUAUACUCUGUUGCUCAAUUUUCCAUGGCUUCAGUGUCUGAAAAAACUCGUAUAGUGUUGUGUUGUCAUCAGCUUCGUCUCUUUCUAACCCCACGAGAUAGGAGUUAAAUAACAGCACUAGAUUUCAAAUGUUUCAAAAAGAUUGCUAAUUAUUCUGGGUUGAUCAAUGUGGAUGCAAUGAUGAGUAUUAAGCUUCAAAUUCCCUUGAUUGUGGGGUGGCUUUCCGGCUGCGUUAGCAAGAUGAAACAAGUUUUUGGUUCGUAUUCACUGAGCAUCUACUUGGUUCUUGUUAUGAUAAUAUUUGUGUCGUCUCUUUGGAGAACAGAAACUGAUCGAGGGACCUAUGGAUGGAGUUGCCAUGAAAUAAAAUGCACUUACAUCCAAGUUUGCCUUCGUAAAGUUACCAAUGUGAACAUAGGGAUCAUUCUGGACUUGAUUUGUGCUUUUUCUGUGAUUUCAAGUUGGUUGCAUUCCGAGUUCGUAGAAUGAGUUUUAUAAAUUGGAGCUGCAAUUGUGUUUCAUUGUUUUUACUUUUUAGGUUUCGUGCAUUGAUUUGGUCAAUGCGAAGGUCCCCAGCAGGGUGGCACGAGACUCUCUUAUUGAUUGAGGCCCACUCUAACUUUGUUAGAAAAACCUUCGCAAAGAUAAUUUCAGCCGAAUAUAUAUGAUGCUGCAGAUUCUUCAUAUUUGAAGCGUCUUGAAAAUCGGCCAAAUUCUUCUUUGCUAAUGGAUAACUAUCAAGACACUUUUUUUUUACGAAGGACAUUUGAAUUUCCAUUACUUAUGGCAGAAGCCAAAAUUAAUCAAAAAAUUAUAGAAGUGUGGCAACAACAUCAAGAUCCUGAAUCUAUUGAAAGGGCAACUGAUUUUUAGCUUGAGAAACUAACCCAGGUUGCUUUGGUGUUGCUCUUCCUUUUGAUGUGGUUGAUCUUAAUCAUUGGGUGAGCUUUAAUGGUCUUCUUGAUGGUGCCAAGUCACGCUGUUGCACGCCAAGGCUAUGACAAUAGUUGCCCUAAAGUGCUUGGAUUAAGCCAAAAAAAUUUGACCGGACAAAGUGUGCCUUGUGAAGGCCAACAGCUAAGAGUGUUCCCUCAAGUAACGCUUUAGAUUCUGCUUCAAGUGGGGAAAAAACAGUGUAGCGACUCAGCUUGCCAAUCACAAACUUGACCAUGGCCGUUCCUAACGAUGAUGCCAUAAGCCGCCUCGGGGGAAACCUUGAAGAAAGAUCCAUCACACUGUUAUCUCAAAGUCAUGAGUACUUUGUGGUGAUGGAGAGUGAUUCGAGGGUGGAUUGAGUUGAAGUCAAGUGUGGACAACUUCUUGGGGUAGAUAGUCCAGUGGUGGAAGGCAAGUGUGGCCUUUGAGAUCGUGGAGGGAAGCUAUGGUGCUUUGUUCUUUAAAAUACGUUCAUUUCUCGUUCUUCAUGCGUGCCACACAAGGAAGAUAAUCUUUUGAAUGGAGCAGAUUGGGUAUCUGAUUUUCAUAAAGUCAAGCCACUUCAAAAUGGGGGUGAGAGGGGGAGGAGCUGCUAAGGAUGGCCAAUCUUGCCCUCACCCUUCCGUCGCAUGAGGGCACGUAAAGAGAAUGUGGUGGAUCGAUUCAAAAGGGGCCGCACAUAGUGGGCAUCUCUUGGUUGAGCAGUUUCUUGAGUGGAGGUUUUCUUUCGACGCCAGGGCUCUUUUAGUGCUUCUACACAAAAAAUUUCAGGUUUGGCGGGAGGUGAGGCUCCAAAGCCACUUUCAUAUUUCUUUACUUGACAAUGAAGUAGUCACUCGCCC